UGCUCUAUUCACACACGGUAUGAAUUGCAGGCUAUGUUUGAAGUUGCGUAGUUUAGUCUCUCGCGAGGUCUCAUCACGAAUACGCACUGGAAGUCCAUAUGUUGUUUUGCCUCAUCACUGGAGUAGACCCUACUCUGUUGCAAGUGGAAACGAUGUCCUACAGCCACCAAGUUCAACUGGAAGUGCCAAAGUCUAUUCUGCUAAAAUAAAGCAACUCGUAGACGACAUCUCAAAAUUAACUGUUCUGGAGAUAUCAGAUCUGAACGACUUACUGAAGACAACAUUGAACAUUACUGAAGUUGCAGCUCCAGUUGCUUCUGCGUCCACAUCAGCAGCUGCAGUACCUGUAGAAAGUACAGAAGACAGUCCAGUAGAACAACAGACUGAAUUCACGAUCCAGCUGACCGGCUUUGCUGACGGCACAAAAGCAAAAGUAAUCAAGGAGAUAAAGUCAAUCAUGGAAGGCAUGAACUUAGUCCAGGCCAAAAAGUUUGUUGAGGACACACCGCAGAUUGUAAAGAAAGACAUCUCAAAAGAAGAGGCAGAGGGAAUAAAGAAAUCUUUAGAAACUGCAGGAGCGACUGUACAAAUUGAGUAGACUAGGUCUGUCUGUCUCAACUCACUAUACAUAAUAAAAGCAAUACCACAGACUAACUUGAAAAAA